AUGCACAACUGGUUUCGUCUCGCACAGAUGGACGUGGACAAGCUACUAACUCAACUCAACGGCCAGUCGUUCGACGUUGCAAAAAGCGUAGAGCCAUCUAUUCUUGCAGAACUGACCCGAAAGGCGAAGGCAGUAUUUCAAGCGCAACCUGUGCUUCUAGAACUCGUUCCACCACUUGUUAUAUGUGGCGAUAUACAUGCUCAGUACAAUGACUUACGUCGUAUAUUCAGCCAACUUGGACAGCCGCCCACAACUAGAUAUAUCUUCCUUGGAGGUAAAAACGAAAUUCUAAAAUGCUUUCUGGCUACUAAAAAUAAUUUCUCCUCAAUUCUAGAUUAUGUAGAUCGAGGGCCACAAAAUUUGGAAACGAUUGUAUUGUUGCUGUGCUACAAAGUCAAGUAUCCAGCUUGUUUCUACCUUGUUCGCGGAAAUCACGAAACAAGUCCGGUCAACGCCAUCUAUGGAUUCAAGUCAGAGCUUGAACAGCGAUAUGGCCAAAGAGAUAACAUCGGCCUGUUUUGGAUGUUCAAUGAUGCGUUUGCUCAAAUGCCUUGUAGUGCUCUAAUAGGAGAUCGGAUUCUCUGUAUGCACGGGGGCCUGUCGCCUGCACUGACUGAAAGAGAUCAACUACGACUUAUUAAACGCGGAUGGCAGGAUCCUCAAGGCGUCAAUAUAGCAAUGGAUUUGCUUUGGUCUGAUCCUGAGCCUGGAACAAAAGGAUGGAAGUCUAGUCCGAGGGGGUGCAGCUAUUUAUUUGGAGAUGAUAUACUGUCAGAUGCGUGUCGUAAACUUGAUGUGGACGUAAUUGUAAGGGCUCACCAAGUUGUACAGGACGGAUACGAAAUACAUCCAACUCAAAAAUUGGUUACUGUGUUCUCUGCACCAAACUAUUGUGGAGAGGCAAGAAAUUAUUGA